CCGCGCACGAAGCACAUCCGGGUACGCCACCACUUCGUGCGGGAGCUCAUCGCCGACGGAACCAUUGUGCUGCAGCACUGUCCCGGCACGCAGAUGGUUGCCGACGCGCUGACCAAGGCACUGGACAAGCAGACCUUCGAGCAGCACCUUCCACGACUGCUGACACCGCACCUGCAACAACACCAUCCACGCCACAUCACUGCGUUUGGCGGCACACGUGUGCCUGUGCGCGGUGUUGGCUCUGUGCUGUUGCAUGCACGCACGACGAGCGGAGCUACGAUGCAGAUUGUGCUACAGGAGUGCCUCUACGUGCCCGAGGGCCAGGCCAACCUCAUCGCCCUCGGUCGUCUGACCAGGGACAGCAGCGGCAGGCCAACGGGCCACUCGCAGCGUGAUGGCGCUGAUGGGCACUACGUGCGCUUCAGCCACGGAGCCGAGGUCAAGCUGAAGGAGCGCAACAGCCUCCGGUGCUGGCCCAUUGUUGCUGUUGGUCCAUCCACGGCACACGGACUCACCGCUGAUGCCUGCAAGCAACCACAGCAACCCACAGCAGCUCCUGCAGCCCAGAGCAAGGCACACACACCAUCGAUGCAUGAGGUGCUUGGCCACCGCAACGACAACGACGUGCAGCAGUACUGCAAGCUGAUGGGCAUCGACGAUCGCAACGCCAUCAGCAGCAAGCAGUGUACAACGUGCGCAGUGACCAAGAGCACUCGUCACAGUGUCAGCAAGCACGCGGAGCGCACACAGGUGCCCGGCGAGCGCAUCCACGCCGACAUCGUCGACUGGACCGCGGACUCACCCACGGGCAAGCGCUACAGCCUCGUCAUCGUCGAUGAGGGCAGCAAGCUCUUACAUGCAGUCCAUCUCAAUGCCUAG